GGGUCAGUUGUCCUGCCUCCAGUGGAAUGAGCUGGAGAGAAUUGGACAAUAUCUCUGGGGGGUUUUAGCCCAAGAAGGAGGAUGAAAGGGAGGGAGGGAGAAUCUGUAACUUGCAGGGAUCAAGAGAAGAGGAUAUUCCACAGAAACUGGAAUUGUCUGUUGAAUGAAUUCUCUGCCUCACUGACAGUGAACAGUUUGGUCAUCUCCUGUCACAGGGACUGGAAGAGGAGGGCUCACACCAAGGAAACCCAAACGAAACGUCAGAUCUGACAGAGUCGCUCCAUCCGUCAGGAGCUGAGCAUCACCGGCCUCCGAUUGUGGAAGGGGGGAACGUUUGUCUCUUUUGUCUGAGGGUGUAGAUUGCAAACAUCAGCGUGACUGGGAACGCACCUGAAUGAGGGUGUUCGAGUGAAAUGACUGUGGAAAGAGCUUUAACCGGUCACACAGGCUGAAAAAAACGAUUGCAUGUUCACAGCAGGGAGGAACUCUCUGUCUGGACUAGGAUUCAACUGCUCCUUCAGUUUGGAGGGACACAAAGGCCCUGUAGACCAUGGGGAAGCCACGUAAAAGUGUGAAGCGUGGGAAGGGAUUCAGAGGUCCAUCCAAGAUGGAUGGUCAUCCGCGCAAAACCACCGGGGAGAGGCCAUUCAUCUGCUCCACGUGUAACAAGGGGUAUCCUAGUCUGUCCGGUUUAUGUAUCCACCGGAGAACUCACUCCGGGGUGAAAUCGUACGUCUGUGACACGUGUGGUAUGGGAUUUGCUUAUUCAUCCAGUUUACACGUACAUCAGCGAAUACACACCGGGGAGAAGCCAUUCACGUGUUCCAAGUGUGAAAAGAAAUUUGCUCAUUUAUCCAGCUUCCAGGUACACCAGAGGGCUCACACCGGGGAGAAGUCAUUCAUCUGCCCCAAGUGUGGUAAGCGGUUUGCUCAUCCAUCUGGGUUACGUACGCACAAGAAGGUUCACAUCGGGGAGAAACCAUUCACCUGCUCUGAUUGUGGGAAGGGAUUCACUCAGUCAUUCAGGCUCCAGCAACACCAGCGAAUGCACACCAGGGAGAAUCCGUUCAUGUGCUCCGAGUGUGGCCGGGGAUUCGCUGAGUCAUCCACCUUACACAAGCACCAGAAAGCUCACACUGAGAAAAAACCGUUCGCCUGCCCUGACUGUGAAAGGAGGUUCUCGUGGUUAACCAACUACCAGUCACACCGGGGGACUCACACCGGCAGAAGCCCGUUCACCUGUUCCGACUGCGGGAGGAGAUUUGCCCAUUCGUCCAAGUUCUGUGAGCACAGGAGAACUCACACUGGAGAGAGACCGUUCAUCUGCCCUGACUGCGGGAAGGGAUUCGCUCAGACAUCCACCUUGCACGUGCAUCAGAGAACUCACACUGGAGAAAGGCCAUUCACCUGCCCCAAGUGCAGGAAGAGAUUCACUCAAGUUUCCAGCUUAUAUCAACACCGGAAGAGGUGUGCGAAAUGAUGCACUCAGUCAUCCGAUCUGCUGAGGGAUGAGCACGUUCAUGAGUGACUGAAGGGGGUCGAACGGCUUGUAUAAUAUACUUUAUCGUGUGUAUAUUUAGCUUGCCAUUAUUGAACAGGAUGUACCUGCUUGCAUAAGGUUCCAAUCUUCUGGUUUGAAGAUUGCAGACAGCGGAAUGUAGUAUAUUGGUCACAAAAAGAUAUCUCCAAUCCAGAUCAUUAAGGGUUGAUCGGACGUGGCAGUACGCCACUGAUGGAGAAUGGAAAAGCAAGUGAAACAAGAAGGCCUCAGUGUAAGAAUAGGCUGGUUUGAAGCAACAGUGAGACCUGCUUUUGACCACCAAGCACAGAGGAAUGCUUGGGAGAAGUACUCCGAAGAGGCAACUCGGCAUAUUCGAUUCAAUUUGCUUUGUUGAUUUUUGUCACGCGGACCCCGAAACGCAUCGUGUUGUGGGCUAUUCAGGCAGAUCAUACCAUUCGUAAGUACGUUAGGGGCAAAGAGAAGAGGAUGCAGAAUGUAGUGUUGCAGCUGCAGCGAUGGUGCAGACAGAUCAACAUGAAAAUUGAAAGAACAUAAAAUCAAGUAAAUUAUUGACACUGGGAACUUUUCCCAGUUCUUUCGACGUCACCAUCGGACUGGGUUCACAAGCGGUGCCGUGGAAGUUGAGAUUGAGCUCUGUGUGCCAGCCAUCUCCAGGGUGACAGGAUAUAAGACUCCCUUGCUUGGAUAUUUCUAAAGUAGUUUAAGUUAUUAACUUUUGUUGAAAUCUAUCUAAAGUGUUGUAAGUUAAUAAUGAUUAGAUUACUUUAUAUAUAUAU